UAACAAAUUCCUUAAUUUUAUUCCGGCAAGAUCAAUCCAUGGCCGCACUCCCCGGCAUCUAAACCCUAGCCCCCUCUGAUGCUACCGCCGCCGCUUGCCACUCCAUGGACUUCGCUGAGCUGGAGUCGAUCGAGGGCCUCCGGUGGCCAUGGAACUCUUGGCCGUUGUCGCAGAGCGAUGCGGCAGCCCUCGUCGUCCCCCUCAGUGUGAUGUGCACGCCGCUCAUGCCAAUCGCCGACCUACCCCUCCUCCCUUAUGCCCCCCUCCUCUGCGCUGACUGCCGCGCCGCGCUUAACCCCUACGCCCGAGUCGACUACCGCGCCGCUCUCUGGUUCUGCCCUUUUUGCUCCCACAAGAACCCCUUCCCCCGCUCCUAUGCCGGCAUCGGCGAGAACACACUGCCUGCUGAGCUCUUCCCCACCUACAGCACUGUCGAAUACGAAGUUUCCAGGAAUCCCCACGCGAACCGUGGUGCGGGAAGUGUGUUUGGAUUCUCGACUUCUUCUGCGCCAUCCUCGUCUUCAUCGGAGAGGUUGGAUGGGCUGCAGCUUCCGGGUCCAGCAUUUGUUUUUGUGAUUGAUUUGUGCUCCGAGCAGGACGAGCUUCAAGCACUCAAAAAUGAAAUCUUGCACAUUGUCGCUCGUCUACCAGAAAAUGUGAUGGUGGGACUGAUCACAUUUGGAUCAAUGGUGUGGGUGCAUGAUCUCGGUUACACUGCUUGCCCAAAAGUUAUGGUUUUUCCUGGUGAUCGGGAGUCGCCAUCAGAGAAGAUCCAAGAAUUCAUGGGAAUCUCUAAUCACUCUAAAUUGGGAAUGGUUCGGUCCAUUCAAAAACAUGCAUUUUUGCUACCCGUUUCUGAAUGUGAAUUCAACUUUACGACAUGGGUUGAAGAACUCAAUUGUACACGGAAUUCUUUACCAGGUCACCGUCCAACAAGGGCCACGGGUGCUGCAAUCUCAAUAGCAAUAGCUCUUCUGGAGGGUUGUACACCUUAUAAUGUUGGUCGAGUGAUGGUUUUCACAUCUGGACCUGCUACAAUUGGUCCUGGCAUGAUUACAGAUACUGAUCUAAGUAUAUCCAUUCGAACACAUCGAGAUCUCGUAAAUGAUCAUGCCCCAUUCACUGAAAAAGCUCGUAAUUUCUACAAGAAACUGGCUCAGAGAUUGUCUGAUACUUCAGUUGUUCUUGACCUCUUUGCAUGCUCUCUUGAUCAGGUUGGGGCAGCAGAGAUGAGAUAUCCUAUUGAAACAUCUGGUGGUGUUUUAGUUUUAGCAGAUUCAUUUGAGUCGGAACAGUUCAGGAAGUGUUUAAAUCACAUUUUUAUAAAUGAAGGUACAAGUCACCUUAAUAUGAACUUUGAUGCAACCAUGGAGAUAGUGACUACCAAGGAAGUUAAAAUUUGUGGAGCCUUGGGGCCUUGCAUGUCACUUCGAAAAAAGAACAACUCAGUGAGUGAUAAGGAAAUUGGCCAUGGUGGAACCUAUAUGUGGAAGAUGAACACUGUUACAAGCAAAACAUGCAUUGCGUUUAUCUUCCAAGUCAGCACUAGUCGGGAUGUGGAGCUACCGACUGUCUUCUUUGUGCAGUUCAUGACACGUUAUCGUCAUGGGAAUGGUGGAUUUCGCCUAAGGGUUACUACUGCUGCUAGGAGAUGGGUUAAGCUCAACUCUCCAGAACUAACUGACGGGUUUGAUCAAGAGGCUGCUGCAACUGUCAUGGCUAGACUGGCAGUACAGAGGGCCGAGGAAUAUUAUGCUCGUGAUGUCAUCAGAUGGUUGGAUAAGAUGCUCAUACGUUUUACGGCAAAAUUUGGGGACUAUAUGCCAGAGGAUCCAUCAACAUUUCGAUUGUCAUCAAAUUUUUCCCUCUAUCCACAGUUCAUGUAUUACCUGCGGAGAUCACAGUUCAUUGAUGUCUUUAACAGCACCCCAGAUGAGACUGCCUUCUUCAGGUUGAUGCUGAAUCGAGAAGGGGUGAUUGGUUCGCUUGUCAUGAUCCAGCCUACAUUGUUCCAGUACUCAUUCGAUGGGCCACCUAUUCCUGUGUUACUUGAUGUUAGCUCAAUCUCCCCUGAUGUUAUUUUGCUCUUUGAUUCUUAUUUUCACAUAGUGAUUCACUACGGAUCGAAGAUUGCCCAGUGGAAGAAACUUGGGUACGGCAAGGACCCAAAUCAUGAAAACUUUCAGAAACUGCUGGAGGCACCAGAGAUUGAUGCCGAGGCCUUAAUAGAAGAUCGGAUACCUGUCCCUAAGCUGAUCAAGUGCGACCAACAUGGAAGCCAAGCAAGGUUCCUACUCGCAAGGCUAAAUCCCUCUGUGACCCAGAAGACGGUGGUUACCGAUGGUUCGGAGAUUAUAUUUACCGAUGAUGUGAGCUUGCAGGUAUUUAUAGAACAUUUGCAAGAAUUGGCUGUCCAGGGUUGAUAACCUAUCGUAUGUAUACAAUCUCUGCGUUUUGUGGGGUAUGUUUUUUUUAAAUUGAUUUCCCACAUGUAUUUUGAGUGCAGAAGCAUUGCUAUAAAAUAUAAAAUAUAAAUAUUACAAAA